AUGGCGUCCUCAACCGCUGCUCCCUCGCCCUAUGGCACCAGGUCACGACAACGAUCUACUGCCCAGCGCAUAAACUAUGCUGAAGAUAAGGACAAUGAUAUGGAUUUCGAGUACACGAACCCUCCAAUUACUCCCAGUACACGGGCUACCAACGCAUCUGCCCAAAAUGCGCCGGAUCUCGCUCCUCCAAACACAACCAUCACGGCAAUCGGUGUGAGCACGCGAAGUGGUGGAGCAUCGGCUUCCAGCAGCUCUUCCCGUCGCUCUUCCACCAUCGCAAACCACUCCCAGCCCGUAUCUGCUCCCGCUCCUCCUCCCGCUCCUCCUCCACCUCCACCUCCACCCCCUCCACCGGCCGCCAACGCGACUGCCAACUCUCGGAAGCGAAAAUCAACAGCUGCCCCUCCACCCGUAUCUACCUCGACUUCUACACCAAUGACCAACGGAACUUCCACACGACCGUCCGCUCGGCAGCACGAUAGAGCCAGAGAGCGGCAGAAGAUGAGGGAGGCUCUCACCCACCAGCUGACGUUUGAGAAAUAUGGUGGUGCUUUCCUAAGCAAGGGUGGCUAUCUAGAAGCCGAUGACGGCCAGAGGCUAUCUGUUCACGAUCACAUUUACUUAAUAUCCGAGCCCCCUGGCGAACCCUACUAUAUCGGUCGUAUCAUGAAAUUCGGACACGUCGGCGGUAAAACCACUGGACCGGUCGAUUCGAUAACAGUAAAUUGGUACUACAGACCCAAAGACAUUGGAAGCCGAAAAACCGCCGAUUCUCGUCUGCUAUUCGCAACAAUGCACUCGGAUGGGUGUCCUCUGUCUUCAAUUAGAGGCAAAUGCAAUAUCCUGCACCGAUCUGAAAUUGACGACCUGGAAGCAUUCAAAAGACAAAAGGACAACUUUUACUACGAACGACUCUACGACCGAUAUCUACAGCGAUACCUAGAUAUCGUUCCCGUGUCGCAAGUUCGAAAUGUCCCGGACAAAGUCAAGGAGGCCCUCCACAAGCUGUGGAGAUUUGUGUUGAUCGAGCAGGGGAAGAGUGCGCUUCUUACGGCAGAGAUGAGGAGCUGUAAGAAAUGCCGGGAUUUCUGCGCCAAUGAUAAUUCCGUGGUUUGUGCGAUGUGCCAGGAGUCGUUCCACUUCCAAUGCGUGAACCCACCUCUCACCAAGAAGCCACAACGCGGCUUCGGCUGGUCUUGUGCUCCCUGCAGCCGAGCCCACGAACGCAAAUUGGACGCCCGCAACGCGACCGUUCCCAUCCUGGACAGCCACCACACCGAAGAUGAGGCCCACGACGAAGAAGAGGAAGAGCAUCACAACCACAAUUCUGGCACUACAACAGCCAAUGGCGCGAAUACUCCUGCGACUCCUAAUCCUUGGGACCUCGAUCCCGCCGCCCAAAAGCAUGUUAUGGAUACAAUUGAUCAGUGGCCUUAUCGCUACCUCGGAAUUAACUGCAAACCCGAGGAAGUCCUGGAGCUCGACGAUCGGAUAUUUCCCAGAGGUGGUAUGAGUAUCGGCCAGAAGCAUCAAGCCAAUGUCGUCCCCUGGUACGGUCGCCCCGUUCAGCUUAUCCCGCCCGCCGAAGAGAAAACCAAGGACGGGAGGCAAAAGAACAAGGCGAAAAAGGCUAGGAAAGAUGCCGAGGAAAGCAAGGCCGCUUCGGCGCGUCCCCCUUGGGUUCAGGAGAUGCCUGAUGGCUACGUCGAGCGUGGCUGCAGCGACGAAACCUCACAACCGCUGUUCAUCAUGCCCGACGAGGAAGACGAGGAAAGAGGGUCGGAACGUACUUCUACUAGGCGUAUGAGUCGAGUACGACCCGUCGGCCGGGACCUGGAAGACCUUGUCGACGACUUCAUGCUGAAAGCGGAACCCUUAGCUAAGGGCUGUGGAGUUGCGAAGAACGCGACGAAUUUCUUGGAUAAGGCGUCUCAAUUGCUCUACGCCAACAACUUUGACAUUAAAACUGCACUGGAACAGUUGAAGCUGAACGAUAAGAAGACGCUCAAGGAACCCGAUCUGAAACCCGACGAACUUAAGAGGUUCGAAGAAGGAGUCAAAAAGUUCGGAAGCGAGCUACACACAAUUACGCGCCAUGUUAAGACCAGGAAACAUUGGGAAAUUGUUCGCUUUUACUACAUGUGGAAGAAGACAUCGAAAGGGCGAGAAAUUUGGGGAAAUUACGAAGGAAGGAAAGCUAAGAAGGAGGCUAAGAUGAGGGAUAAAGCAGACGCCGCUGCCGCCGCGAAACUGGUCGAUGACGUUGCAGACGCUGAUGACGAUUCGGCGUUUGAUGAUGAGAAGGCCCUAUCCAGGCAUAAGCAGUUCCAAUGUAAAUUCUGCGGAACCCAAAAAUCAGUACAGUGGCGACGUGCUCCUGGCGUCACACCUGGUGAAACGAUAAGUCCGAAGACCAACAAGAAGGAUGCGGAAAAGUACACCUUCAUCCCUGCACUUUGCAGGAGGUGUGGUGAGCUGUGGAGACGGUAUGCUGUUCCCUGGGAAGACCCGACCGACGUAGUACGAAAAUCCAACCAGAGCGGCCAACGCAACGCCAGGCGCAAGAUUGAUGACGAAUUGAUCCGAGAACUUCAGGCUGCAGAUGAGGAUGCUCAGGAAUUGGAGGAUCAUCUACGAACUCAAGGAUGUUACCCAUCUUCUGCCCCGACACCCCCUGAAAAGGAGCCUAUCAUUGUAGCCACACCUACAGCUUCGGAGCCACCGAAGAAGAAGACCAAGACGACGGACGGUCAAGAACCGCCUGCGGCUACUGCGGCUUCUUCGACGAAGGAUCCCACUCCUGUGGCUCCGGUGAGCAAGAAGAAGAAACAGGUACAACCGCCACCUCCGCCACCCGAACCACCAAAACCGAAAUUACUACCCUGCGCUGUCUGCGACCUUGUCGAACCGGUUGGUAGCGAGCAUCUUGUUUGUAGGGAUUGCAAGUUGACGGUACACCGAACAUGUUACGGCGUCGGGGUCGUGCGCAGUGCGAAUAAGUGGGUGUGCGACAUGUGUACAAACGAUAAGAACCCGCUUGUUUCGACUGAAUAUAUCUGUGUUCUAUGUCCUGUUCGUGGAGAAGGAGAAGCUGAAGAGGAGCAAGCAAGGCUCAGAGCUGCGGAACGGCCCUACCCUAAUAGCUCUAGGAGCGCAAAGGAUAAGGAGGCCCGUGAGAAGGAGAAGGAACGCCAGAAGGAACUGGAAAAGGAAAAAGCAGCUCCUGAGGUUGAUGGUGGAUCGCCGCCUACCGCCUCUGAGAAGGAAGAGGCUAAAAAGCGGGACGUUGUUGAUAAAACUCGGCCUGCAAACCCACGACAGCCGUUGAAGAGGACUGCAGGAAACAAUUGGGUGCAUGUUCGAUGUGCGGUCUGGACUCCGGAGAUCAGGUUUGGAGACUGGAAGACGCUAAGCCCUGCAGAGGGCAUUGGAACUAUUCUGCCGCAGAAGUUCCAGGCGGAGUGCGCGUUGUGCUUUGAUGGGAAGAUACCAGAGAAGAAGAAGGGGGCUUGUGUGCAGUGUCACUAUUGUCAUGCUCAUUUCCAUGUCGGGUGCGCGCACAAAGCAGGUUACCGCUUCGGCUUUGACAUCCAGCCAGUGAAGAGCUCAAGACGGGACACUGUGAAUAUUGUAAGCAUUGGGAAUGAGACGGGUAAUAUGCAGGCGAUGAUUUGGUGCCCGAGCCAUGAUCUCAAGACGCAAUGGCACGAUAUGACGGAAGUAGUGCCAGAUACUGAGAAUAAACAAACGGCGCUCGAGUUGUAUCUUGAGAAUUACAAGCAGGCAGACUUGACCUUGACAGGCACGGUGCGCAAGGCACAGCUUGUUACACUCUCUGCUAAAGCUUCGCAGCAAACGGGUCGCCGUUCUAGUUUGAUAUCUAGCGGUCCCGGGCACGGACAUCGCAAUUCUAUAUCUUCGCCAGUUACAACCCAUCACAACGAGCCUACCUCUCCGGCUAGUUGCCCUCCGGAAAACGUGAAGAGAUGUCGCAAGUGCCGUAUCGAUGUUACGCCGCUAUGGCAUGAGACGAAGAUUAUUAUGAAGAAGGAGCCUGUGGUGUCGUCUGAUCUCUUGGAGGUUGGGAGGGCAGAGCUUACAAACGGGGUUCAUCCUGCAGAUCGUAUGGAUACUACCCCUGAUUUUGGAGGGGAAAACAGUACACCCCCGCCGACGGAGAUCACGGAGUAUACGUGCCACAAGUGUCACUGGGAUGAGCUGCACCCGCCUAAGCAAACCGAUCCACCUGUUGAGAAGCCGAGGAGUCGGAAUCCGCUAUCGAUCAGCGGGCUUAUUGACCCUCCAUCGCGGCGGACGCCGCCCAGGGAGAUGCCGAGAGACAUUCCGGUACAGGUUCCCCCGCAGACUUUGCCUGCGCCUCCUCCUCCUCCCCCUCCUCCACCACCACCACCGCCGCCACCACGGGAGAUGCCACAUGAUCCACCAUAUGAACCUGCACCUGUUCCGCCAGUACCCGUGUCAGUUUACCAACAGCCCAAACUUGUGCCAACACCUAAUCACGUUGUUCCUGCUCCAAUCCAUCCGCCACCCCCACAUCAGCCUUCACACACACUUCCUGCGCCGGAACAGGCGUCGGUACAGAUCUAUCCAGCUCCACCCAAUCACAUCAUCAACCCGCCAUCGUACGAGCCACCACCGCCACGUCCAUCGUCGUACUACACACCGCCACCACAUGUUCUUCCCCCUGGUUCUUCCGGUUUAUCAAUGUCUCAUUCGCUUCCAAUGAGGGAUCCGCAUCCCCUCCCCCCAAUGCCUCAUCACCGUUCACCAAUCUCCGAGCAUCCACCCCCGAUUCGCCAUCCACAAAUGGGUAAAUUCCCGCCGCCCCAGCCCAUGGCAAUGCUACAAAUGGCGGCGCCGAUCGCGCCCAGUCCUGCAUUCAAUCACCCACCACCGCAGCCCAGUCCUGCAUUCAAUCAUCCACCACCGCAGCCCAGUUCUGCAUUCAAUCACCCGCCGCCGCAGUCUUCACGACAUACUUCACACUCUCCUUUCUCUCCACCCGUUUCACAUCUUCAAUACCAUCGUUCGCCGUCCUCGGGGGCUCCCGUGGCACCGCAGCCGCAGCCUAGAGUUUUUGCAACGCCGGAGCCGAGGCCUGCGGGGGCUAGUGGGUCGCCCGCACUUGCUAACCUUCUCCAUUAG